CACGACCGCGCGCCACGUCGCACGCGUCCCGCGCCACGCACCCCAUACGCGUAAACACGACAACGAAGUAGCGUGCGCGAAAGCGAAACUCAAAACAAAAAUACAAAAAAAUUAAAAAACUUCGUCGUCAACGGUGAAAGUGAGAGGGACGUGCGUGCGGCGAUCGCGUAAAUACGCGGUGCGCAAAAAGUGCCGCCGUCAGUGAAACUAGUGAAAAGUUUUUUCGCCGCGUACGGGGGACCACCCCUCAGCGCCGGAAAAAAUCGGCCCCUCGCGUCCCUCGCCCGCCCGCCGCCGAACUUUUCAUUCACCGGGGAAAAAAGUGUGGCAAGGCCGCCGUGACGUCACCGCGUCAAGUGGCCACGCGCUCGUUCCCUAGCAACGUGUUGUCACGUCUCAUCAUCGUCCCUUCUUGUUAAACUUAAGACAGUGUUUGAGUGCAGUCAACUUGUUGGCCUAGUGUGUGACUAUGUUAUUGGUGUGUGACGAUGGUGUUCGGUGGGUGUGAGCGCCGGUGACGGGGUAGUGUCAUGUAGCAGUGGCUGAAGCCAGUAGACUCUAUGUGUAGUACGCAGCGCGCGCGGGUGUCGAGGAUGCACCUGACGGGCGCCAGCAGCGGCGCCGUGUCGCCCGACACCAGCUCCACACUACUGCACGAGACCUACACGAAGAUGACAUCCGAUAUCCUCGCGGAACGAACACUUGGCGACUUCUUGUCGGAGCAUCCAGGGGAGCUGGUGCGGACGGGCAGCCCUCACUUCGUGUGUACUGUGUUACCUCCUCAUUGGCGAUCUAACAAAACUCUUCCCGUGGCGUUCAAAGUGGUAGCUCUAGGUGACGUGGGAGACGGUACGUUGGUGACGGUCAGAGCUGGUAACGACGAGAACUGCUGCGCUGAACUGAGGAACAGUUCGGCAGUGAUGAAGAACCAGGUCGCCAAGUUCAACGAUUUGAGAUUCGUCGGCCGCAGCGGUCGCGGUAAAUCGUUUACACUAACGAUAACCGUAUCAACGACGCCGCCGCAAGUGACGACAUACAACAAAGCAAUCAAAGUGACGGUGGACGGGCCAAGGGAACCUCGCUCUAAAACCAGACAGCAGCAGCAGUUCCACUUCGCAUUCGGACAGCGGCCGUUCCCGUUCCCUCCCGACCCUCUGGGAGGGUUCCGAAUGCCACCUAUCACUACAUGUCAGAAUAUGAGUCAAUUCGGUCUAAGUUCGAGUAACUCCCACUGGGGGUAUGGUGGCGCUGGCGCAUAUCCAGCGUACUUACCGUCUUGUGCAGCGCCAGCAGCAUCACAGUUCAAUCCCCCAGCGUUGGGCUUCGCUGGUACUGUUCCUGAUCAGACGCCCACGCAAGAUUUUACUGCUAAUAAUACAGUUCUACCAGACACGACAGGCGUUGACCUAGACCAGCAACUAUCAGGCCUCGUCGGCUCCUCCCCAUCACACCACGGCAGCCUCCUACCUCGUUACAACAACAACACCGACUACAGCCUCUCGACGGGCCCCCGGUCACUCAGCGACAACAGCUCACAGCCCGAGUCACCCGUACAGGACGAUUUGCUCACUUCAAACACAUCAACAAACAUCGGCCACAAUCACACAAACAGCUCAAACUUCCCGUCGCUAAUGGGAUCACAGAACACUUCGUACGGCGGCAGCAACUGUAACAACUCGCUGUACCCCGUCCUCCCAGCCAGCUUGUUGUACAGCCAAUUGUAUACCGCAGCCAACCAGACACACAACUUCCAUCCGCUGCACUCCAACUCGAUACACUCCACGCAAAAUCACCAUAACGAACUACAAACUAUGAUGGACCAGAUAUCGUCUACUACGAACAAUCACAGACAACACGGCAAUCAUGGACAAGACCUGCUCCUAGGCGGAGGGAACUCCUGUGCGGCGGCGGCGGCUAGGGGAGAGGACGGACGGGUGAAUAAUCUCGGACAAAGAGGUAAUCCGCAGCCAGACAGUAACACGGUGUGGCGACCCUACUAAACAAAGUGAUGUUCCUUUUAUUGCACCCAUAUGAACAAUAUGUGUUUGUAGAUAUAUCGUCUGUGUCGAUACCUCGGGUAAACCA